UCGAUACGCAACCUGUAUAAUAUCUUGAAUCGUGUUCCAUACCGGUACGGUAUAUAUAAUCUGUGACAUCUAGUACGCCGUCAGUUAUGUCGGCCGUUGCGGAACUUUUAGGUAGUCUUCCAACGAACGUUUCUUAGACACUACUGGGUCUGACAGCUGCCAAACGAAAUACCUAUAGUUCAAUUGGGGCACACAAUACGGGCCAACCGAUAAGACUUCACUCACUACCAAUACUGAAACAUCAUCGAUUGUAACACUGACGGAGAAGCAAUUUGUACAGAUAGAUGGGUGUUUGUUUUCUUUAUGAUACAAAACUGUACGGUGAACGAAUACUGGUGGGUUCAAGCAUUACACCACGUCAUAGUAAUGUACCAAACAUGGAAAAAAUUGUUGAGCUUAUUGGGGAUAAAUUUGUGGUUAUUGUGACUCCUGCAGACCACAUAUGCAAGAAAUGUACCUCUCUUUUGUUUCAUAAGGACGAGUUGGAAAAUGAUCUGAAACUUGUUAAAAAUGCAAUGUUGUUAUAUAUAUAUAAAAGAAAUAUGGAAUAUUGCCUCCUGAUCGGGCUGUUAAGAAUUUUGAGAUUGUCAAUGGGCACUUAAAGGCAGAGUAACAACUAGAAAAAGAUCAGCGUAAUGUACCUGGUGGUCUGACAGCAGGAGUUUCUGAAACUACUGAAACUACUGCAACUGUAGUUACUCUAGUUCAAACUCCAUUAACAUUGUUAAAAACACAACAUCAGCAGCAGCAACAACAACAACAACAACAACACCAACCACAUCAACAACAAAAACAAUCACCAACAAAACAAGAAAGCGUUAAAAAAAUGAAAAUAUACAAGUGCGGAAUUUGUACAUUCAAAUCGAAAGAGCUUGGUCAUG